AUGGAGAGAAAACAGAGCUGGCCUGGCCUAUCAAGGUUGAAAACGCUGGUGGCUUUUGUUGCGGUCAAGUUCGAAGUUGAAAACCCAAAUGACCAAGAAAGAAUGAAAGCAAUAGUUGAAGAUAUAUGCAGCAACUCAGGCCUAACUUCCCCGCUGCUGCACCGAUAUUUCUUGCCCCAGGAGCGUACACACCGAUAUUUCAUGCCCCAGGAGUCAUCGCGCUCAUCAUCAUUAGUCAAACUUCAAGUUUAA